CUGGAGAGAGGAACUGUGAGGUCAUCGGGUGCGCGAUGGAAGAUGCCGACAAGGAUUUCGUACUAUCAUAUGGUGAUGAGCCAUCAUCUAUCGAGGACACGCUGAGGAACAUGCAACAGGACGGCCUGAUGCACGGUGAUGGUGAUGAGGGCCUCAUCGACUACCUCACGCUGCCCUCUUUGCCCGACGUCAAUGACUCUUCGAUGGAACACAUCACGUAAGCCACAGAAGACUAACUUGUCACGCACAGACAGGAUCUCAUGACAUGGGUCUGUGCGCUGCCAUUCGUCCAUCGAUCAGGUCAGCGUGUGUGCUUAAUGAGGCGCAAAGGCUGCGGGAGUGCCCUGAGGCGCAGGAGGACAGAGAGCGGUGGAGGCUGUUCAACCGGUAAGAACACAACUUACACAUUGCCGAGUUACUCGGUGAUUUUCGAUGCCCUGUGUGUUUCCUGCAGGUCACUUCCCCUCCACGGCCGGCUGUCGAAACAUGGCGACCACAUGUCCUCACCCAAGGUGGCCACAGCCGCGUCUGUUACCUGCUCUGAGAGCCCUGCAGAACGCCAACCUCCGUCGCUGUCGCAACCAAACGGGUCUAUGAAUGGGGCGUCGAGUGGCGGCGGGCUGAGGGCAGCGCUGCGGAAGGCACUGCUAGGCGGAGGGGAGGGAUCCGACGAGGUCACCCGAUGCUUACACGAGGUGCGUAGGUCUCACACGCAAUACAUCUACACAUUCGCUGACCGUAUUUUGUGUGCGGUGGUCAGGCGUCCACCGCUCUGUUGAGGUAUCGCUGCGCACCUCCUCGCGUGUCUGCGUCAGUCCAGGAGUGCGCGAGGCGCCGCCACGGCAGCAUCUGCGAGCGGAUCGCACUGAAGUGGCGGGAGAGUGCCCCUGCUGCUGCGUCGACAGACAACGGUGCUGACCCGCCGCCGCCGCCUCCUCCUCCGUCACAAUCCAUUGAGGAAGCCACCCCAGCGCCCUCCCAGCCCUCUCUCCCCCCUGCUGCCGGCCUGCCAGCUGUCCCCUCCGUCAGCACACGGCAAGGCAGCAACAGCAAGUGGCUGGACUCCCUGCCGCCCAGGAAGGGCCGAGCUGUGCAGCUCAUCGAUACGGAAGAGGCAAACAAGAGCAGGAAGCGCAAAGCGGGCGACGGGGAGGAUGGGAGGAGCCCCAGGGUGCGUCAGCACACACCUGUGGGCAGCACCGGCAAGAUGCAGCUGCGCAGCAGGUGGGGAUCGGAUGGGUGGCACGGGUUGACGCGAAAAACACUUCCAGCUAACGGAUUGCUGCUGUCCCCAUCUUUCCUUUUCAGGACUGGUCGUCGUGGCGGUUCCUCCUCGUCUGCCGUCAUGGACGCCAAGGCCUUCGUCAGCAACUUCGAGGCCAACGUUGACAGGGCCAUGGCCGCAGCGGCUGACGGAGAUGCAGAUGCCCGUGUAUGCGAGCCCUCCCCUGCCCUCCCCCCUGCACAGCCCCCCACAGCCGCCAUCGAGGCCUGUGCUGCUGACCAAGGAAAGACGACCGAGCGGCCCAAGGCGGCGAGGGGCAAGAGGAGACACAGGCGUCGGGGACACGACCGGAGGAGCUGGGAGGCACGCCCGUAUGUGACGGGCGGGAAAGCGGCUGUGAGCAGUGAGGAUCUGCCGGAGUACGAGAGGGGCCUGUUGCCAAAGCCAGACUAGUGUGUGGGCGAAAUGUGAGGGCUCACUGGAG